CCCUCCCCUUCUUUUCCCUCCCGCCCCUCCAACCGCCCCCCCUCCCGGAUGGGGAAAAAAAAAGAUGUCAGCUCCUCCGCUGUAGUAUUGCUCCUUAAAAACCCCUCUCUCUGAAAAUGACAUGCCCUCGCAAUGUAACUCCGAACUCGUACGCUGAGCCCUUGGCUGCGCCGGGCGGAGGAGAGCGCUAUAGCCGGAGCCCAGGCAUGUAUAUGCAAUCUGGGAGUGACUUCAACUGCGGGGUGAUGAGGGGCUGCGGGCUCGCGCCCUCGCUCUCCAAGAGGGACGAGGGCAGCACUCCCAACCUCGCCCUCAACACCUAUCCGUCCUACCUCUCGCAGCUGGACUCCUGGGGCGACCCCAAAGCCGCGUACCGCCUGGAACAACCUGUUGGCAGGCCGCUGUCCUCCUGCUCCUACCCACCUAGUGUCAAGGAGGAGAAUGUCUGCUGUAUGUACAGCGCAGAGAAGCGGGCGAAAAGUGGCCCCGAGGCAGCCCUUUACUCCCACACCCUGCAAGAGUCCUGCCUCGGGGAGCACGAUGUGCCCGUGCCCAGCUAUUACCGCGCCAGCCCGAGUUACUCCGCGCUGGACAAGCCGCCCCACUGUGCCGGGGCCAACGACUUCCAAACCCCUUUUGAGCAGCGGGCCGGUCUCAACCCGCGCGCCGAACAUCUGGAGUCGUCCCAGCUCGGGGGCAAAGUGAGUUUCCCUGAGACCCCCAAGUCCGACAGCCAUACCCCCAGCCCCAAUGAAAUCAAGACGGAGCAGAGCCUGGCGGGCCCAAAAGGCAGCCCCCUGGAGAGCGAAAAGGAGCGGGCCAAAACCGCCGACUCCAGCCCAGACACCUCAGAUAACGAAGCGAAAGAGGAGAUAAAGGCAGAAAACACCACAGGAAAUUGGCUGACAGCAAAGAGUGGAAGGAAGAAGAGGUGUCCCUAUACUAAACACCAGACGCUGGAAUUGGAGAAAGAAUUUCUGUUCAAUAUGUAUUUGACGCGAGAGCGCCGCCUGGAGAUUAGCAAGACCAUUAACCUUACAGACAGACAAGUCAAAAUCUGGUUUCAAAAUCGCAGAAUGAAACUCAAGAAAAUGAACCGAGAGAAUCGGAUCCGGGAACUGACCUCCAAUUUUAAUUUCACCUGAGUGCUCGGCUAGCCUCCCCUCCUCCUCCUUUCUCCCCCACUCCUUCCUUUCCCGACCCCUCCUCCCUUUGUGCCUGGUGGUAUAUAUUUUUUUUCCCUCCCAGAGUAUAAAUGCAACAAGCCUUCAAAAAAGGCAAAGACCUCAGACUCUCCUUCCAAGGGACCAAUGGUUCGUGCUGUGAAGAUGCGCCCACCAAAGCAUGAGAAAUGGGGUGCCGAGGUUUGGGCUGUGGUGUGCCCACAUAGACAAGGGUGGGAGUGUGGCUGGUGUGUGUGUAAGCUCCUCACUCACCCAUGCACUCACCACAGCAUCCUGUUCUCUGUUCGAAGUUAAGGUCUAACCCACCCGAUUAGAAGGGGGG